AUGGCUCUGGGGCUCCGUGAUGCGCCUGCGGCGCUGCCAGAUGGAGAUCCCCGUGUAGGGUCGUGGGGGCGUGGAUCCGAGAGACCCAGGGGAGGGUGGCGGGCCGGGGACGACCCCAGCGGCGGCAGAGCUACCAUUGCAAUGUGGAACGAUAAUGUCACCUCUCUUCCUCUUGAUCUCGCUGUGGAGUUUUGUGUCCACCUCGUCUCCACUUCUACUACACCACGCAAAGACAUAAAAUGUUUGCAAGAAUCGUGCAAAGUUUUCCAUGAAGCAUCGAGAGCGAGAAAGGUAGGGAAAUUCAUGAACGUUCGGAGGGAGUUGGAACUUAGUCUUAACUGGUUCAAUAAGAAAGAGUACUUCGAGUUGCUUCGUGCUUGUGUCAAUUGUGACAACUUCGAUGCUUACUUCAUCCUCGGCCUUGAAGAGGUGUUCAACCUGAAAGAGAAAACGCUAGGAUUGGACCAUCUGCACAAGGCCAAAGUAGGCAACCACACAGUGGCAAGUUACAUGCUCGGCAUGAUCCUGUUUCAGGAGCCUGAGACACGUUCACUCGCGGUGGAGAUAUUGAACAAGUUGGUUGCUGCGGACGGCAGUAGAGUAAGCACUGCAGCACCAUCCGACGAUGGCACCUUGAUUCGAGGGUGCAGAAUGGAGGCAAAAGAGGUCAUAAGGCGCAUGACUUGGGAGAAACCAAAGCGAGUCAACUCGCUGUGUCCAAAUCAGCGAUGCGGGAGAGUCUUCAGAACCCGCGAUUGGGACUUGUGGUCGUAUGACGAGAAUCGAAUCUUUUGCAGCGACGUAUGUAGAUGGAGGCAUGAGUUAGCGCUACUAGCUAAAUCUUGA